AUGGGGAACAUUCUGACCUGUUGCGUGGCCCCCAAUUGUGGCCAGCGCAAACGCAAAGGGUCAGUGGAGUCAGACUGCGAUUCUGAGGUCUAUGGAGAUGCGGGGCCACAAGUAACUGCUCCCCGCAAGACCAAGAAGUUUUCAAAGGGAGCCAGGGAUGGCCACCACCGGGAAUAUAUCCAUUACUGGAAGAUGCCCAAAGAAGGAGCUUCAAAAUUAAACCCUUCUGAUGAUCCAAAAAUAGGCACAAUUUUCCUGAGCAAAUCUCAAACAUAUGUGCAUGACCAGAGGAACAACACCCAUCUCAAGCAUGAAGAGAAGCUUCCAGAGGACUACUUUCAGCAUGACCCUGAACAUGAAUGUAUUUACAGAUUUGUUGCUAUUAUUUUUAAUGCCAUAUGGAUACCAACUGAAUGCGCAAUAAUGACUUUGGUUUACUUAGAAAGGUUGAUGUCAUAUGCUAAGAUUGACCUCUGUCCUACCAACUGGAAAAGGAUUGUCUUGGGAGCCAUUCUUCUUGCCUUCAAGGUUUGGCAUGAUAAGGCUGUGUGGAACAUACACUUCUGCCAGAUCCUCAAGAACCUUGCACUCCAAGACAUAAAUCAACUGGAAAGGCAUUACUUGUGUCUGCUUGAGUUUAAUGUUAAUGUGUCUGCGAGCACUUAUGCCAAAUACUACUUUGAUCUUCGCUCUUUAGCAGAUCACAGCAACAUGUACUUUGUGUCUGCACCUCUCACCAAAGAAAGAGCACAGAAACUAGAAGCGAUGUCAAGAUACUGUGAGGAUGGAGGCUUGUACAGAGGUGAAAUCAGAAAAUCUUCCAGUGAUGACAGCUUCACUGGAAUUCGACUCUCUAAAGCCAUCCUGUCCUAA